ACCGGAAAUUAUAUAUUUUUUGCAAUAUACCGCACUAACUUAUAUUGUCGUUUUGAUUGGUUAAAAAUAAGAUAACGUCUGAUAACCAACGAGAUGUAAAGGACACCUGUUUCUUUUACAGUAAGAAACAAACUAUGCUACUGUGAUGAUCAUUAAGCUGUGUAGAAAACUACUUAGGACAAAACAAUCCAGCUAUUUAACCAUAAUCACAAGAAGUAUGAGUAUAAGACUAUUCGAAAGUUCGGACCAUGCUAAGUACUAUGCACAGUUCAGACCAGACUAUCCAGAUGCGGUGGUUAAGUCAAUAAUUGAUUAUUGUAAAUUAUCCAAUAACGAUUUUGAUACGGUGAUCGACAUCGGCUGUGGAACUGGACAAAGCACCCAUUCCCUAAAGACCUAUUUCAAAAACGUGAUUGGUGUGGAUGUGAGUGAAAAACAAAUAGAGCAAGCUAAACUUAAAUACGAUGACAUACAGUUUACAGUCGGACCGGCAGAAGACUUGUCAUUUUUGGAAUCUGGAAGUGUAAAUUUGAUAACAGUAGCACAAGCACUGCACUGGAUGAAUCAUGCAACAUUUUUCAAAGAGGUUGACCGAGUUUUACGACCCGGAGGAGUAAUAGCAGUAUACGGUUAUGGGAUACCGGUAGAAAACAAAAUAGACGCACAUAACCUUGUCUCGCAUUUUUACUCUCAAACUCUGUCGGAAUAUUGGAGCAAAGAAAGAAAGUUUAUAGAACAGCACUAUCAGUCGUUCCAACUUCCAUACGAUGGUUGGAUCAGAAACGAUAAACUAGAAAUAGUUAAACAUUGGUCAGUAGACCAGUAUACUGGUUAUAUAACCUCCUGGUCAGCAUGGCAGAAAUACCUCAAAGUUCACCCAGAAUCAAAGGAUUUACAGACAUUGCAUGAACGACUGUUGGCCGUGUAUCCACAUGAUGAAAUAAUGAGAAUAAGAUGGCCUAUCUUUAUGUUACUUGGAACCAAGCCUUCGACGUAGUGAACUGAACAUUG